AUGCCGUUCAAGAGAUUUGUUGAGAUAGGAAGAGUGGCUCUUGUCAACUAUGGCAAAGACUACGGGAAAUUGGUUGUAAUCGUUGAUGUUAUAGAUCAAACAAGGGCUCUUGUUGAUGCCCCUGACAUGGAGAGGAUCCCAAUUAAUUUCAAGAGGCUUUCGCUUACUGAUAUCAAGAUUGAUAUCAAGAGAGUCCCUAAGAAGAAGGAUCUCAUCAAGGCCAUGGAAGCCGCAGAUGUGAAGAACAAGUGGGAGAAGAGCUCAUGGGGAAGGAAGUUGAUUGUUAGGAAGAGGAGGGCAGCCCUGAAUGAUUUUGACAGGUUCAAGAUUAUGUUGGCAAAGAUUAAGAGGGCUGCUAGUGUUAGGCAAGAACUUGCUAAGCUAAAGAAGACUGCAGCUUAG